GGGAAGGAAUUAUUUCUUUGUUACAUUUUUUUUAUAAAAGAUACUUCAAAUUGUUUUACGUCGAAACAAAAUGACUAAGAAAUUCAAUGCCUGGUCUGAUUCCCGUUUACAAUCUGAUUUAAGGAUUGCUCUGGAAAAUAAUUUAGAGAUCAGCGAAAGUUACAGUAAAAGGAUUAAACGUUAUAUAAAUUUAAUUAAAAAUUUAAAAAAUAUUAAAAUAAUAGAGGAAAAAGAUUAUUGUAAUCUUUUUCAAAUUUUAUUAUAUGUCGAACAUUUUGAAAAAUCUAAAUUAAAGGAAAACAUUUUAAAAGGGUGGAAAUUAAAAAAAAAAGGAAAAAAUAUAUUUACAAUAUUUGCGCCCUUUUUAAUUGAUGAUGAUUCUCUUGUCAAAGUGAAAGAUAAGAUUAUAUUGAAAGAAACAACUUUAAAUAAUAUAGAUGAAUGUUCUUACUACGCUAAAGUUGUCAAAAUUUCUAAGAGUAACAUUGAUUUUGUCAUAAAUAAUAAGUUUCUACUUACAUUUAGUAAACGUAAGAGAUAUAACAUCAGUUUAAUAGAGUCAGAAUGGUCUAUGAGAAUAUGUCAUUAUGCUUUGAAACAAAUUCAUUGUUAUUUUAAGUCAUUGAUAUAUCCAACAAUUGGAACGAAUAGAAACUGUUUGAAUUUAGAUUUAAAAUGGUUCAAUGUAUCGAUUAAGAAAAAUUCUGAACAGAAGCAAGUAGUGAUAAAUGUUUUAAAUAUGACUGCUCAUCCUGCACCAUAUAUAUUAUUUGGACCACCUGGUACCGGGAAGACUGCUACAUUGGUUGAAAUAAUUUGCCAGGCCUGGAAAAAAGAAUUAUCGAGAAAUGUAUUGGUUUGUGCACCAUCUAAUAAAGCCGUAGAUGAAAUUACAAAAAGAUUAUUAAAUUAUGUAUCUCCAACAGUUAUUUCUAGGAUUUAUUCGCAAUCACACGAAAGGUCCAAGGUAGAUAAAACUAUCCUUCCUUGUAGUCAUUUUCUAAAGGAUAAUUCUGAUAUUUUAAACAAUAAAUUUUUAUUAUCUCAUCAAAUUAUUCUAGUUACGAUCAUUACAUGCGGUAGUGUAUUUGUUUCUAAAAGAGUAAAGAAAGAUAAUUUUUCUUAUAUAAUUAUUGACGAAGCCAGUCAAGCAACAGAACCAGAGACAAUGAUACCAUUUUUGCUUGGAUCUAAGAAUAAUAAUAAAUCACAAAUUGUUCUUGCUGGUGAUCCUCAUCAAUUGGCACCUGUAGUUGUAUCAAGAUUUGCAAAACCAUUGUUAGGUAUAUCAAUGUUAAAAAGAUUAAUGGAUCAUUCUUUGUAUAAACAAAACGAACAAAAUAAUUAUGAUCAGCAUUAUGUGACCAAAUUAAAACGGAAUUAUCGAAAUCACGAGUGUAUAUUGCAUGUGUCUAAUCAAGAAUUUUAUGGAAACGAAUUAAUUGCUUGUGGAGAUGCACAAACUGUUAAUAGAGCAAUUGGAUGGUCAACAUUACCUAACAAAAAAUUUCCUAUAAUAUUUCAUUCAUCCAAUGGUACAGAAAUGAAAAAAGAUACGUACAGCAUUUAUAAUCUUGAAGAAAUAUCUAUAAUAAUGGACUAUUUACAAUUAUUAUUGGGCAAAAAGCUUGGAGGUUUAAAAAUUAAGCAAAAACAUAUAGGCAUUGUAUCCCCGUAUAAGCGACAAAAAAUCGAGAUAAUUAAGAGAUUAGAAAAGAAAAAUUGGCAUCAUAUAACUGUUGGUACCGUAGAAACUCUUCAGGGAUGUGAAAAAGAAAUCAUUAUUUUGACUACUGUAAGAUCUCGUGUAUUCAAGCACAAUGGAAUAGAAGAUAUUGGAUUUUUAUCUGACGAAAAGAGACUCAAUGUUGCUUUAACUCGAGCAAAAUGUCUUCUUAUAGUAAUAGGCAAUCCAAUUGUUCUAGAGACAAAUAAACAUUGGAAAGUAUUGGUGGAAUAUUGCAGAGAAAAUAAGGCUUUCAUUGAAAGUUCUUCCGUAUUGAAAGAAAAAAGUCAGAAAAAGAAAAAACGCAGGAAAAGAAGGAGCAGGAAAUUAAAAAAAUCUGUCAAAGAAAAAAUACAGGGUAAAAAGGAGCAAAAGAUUUAAAUUCUAAUUGAGAAUAAUAAUAUAAGAAUAUUUUUGUUAUUAGAAUAAUUGAUAAUAUUUUAAGGAGAGAACAAUUAAUUGUCGCGUUUUUAUAUGAAAUAAUAUAUCUUGUUAAUUUCUAAGUUUAUUCAGCAUUAUUAACGAAAGAUUUAAAUAAAAUUAUGGAAAAAGUUCUAUACAAAAUCCAUA